CCCAGAUGGAGCAGCAUGGUGGACGCGCCGACAUUUUGUUUGCCAGUUACAUUAUUCACAGCCACCAUUUCUCACCCCAUAUUCAGCACUUUCCCAGGUGACAUCCAUGGCCAGUACACCGAUCUCCUCCAACUGUUCGAGUACGGAGGUUUCCCGCCUGAGGCCAACUACCUGUUCCUCGGGGAUUACGUAGACCGUGGAAAACAGUCUUUGGAAACCAUCUGCUUGUUGCUAGCGUACAAGAUCAAGUACCCCGAGAAUUUCGUCUUCUUGAGAGAAAACCACAAGGAUGCAAGUAUCAACUGGAUAAACGGAUUCUAUGAUGAAUGCAAACGACGAUUCAACAUCAAGUUGUGGAAGACAUUCACAGACUGUUUCAACUGUCUCCCCAUUGCUGCCAUUGUGGAUGAGAAGAUCUUCUGUUGUCAUGGAGGACUGUCCCCUGACCUACAAUCCAUGGAGCAGAUCCGCCGCAUUAUGAGGCCGACUGAUGUACCAGACACAGGUCUCCUGUGUGACCUGUUGUGGUCAGACCCGGACAAGGAUGUGCAGGGUUGGGGAGAGAACGACCGUGGAGUCUCUUUCACAUUUGGUGCAGACGUAGUCAGUAAAUUCCUCAACAGACAUGACUUUGACCUCAUCUGCAGAGCACAUCAGGUUGUAGAGGAUGGGUACGAGUUCUUUGCCAAACGACAGCUGGUAACGCUGUUCUCAGCCCCCAACUACUGUGGGGAGUUUGACAAUGCUGGAGGCAUGAUGAGCGUGGAUGAGACCCUCAUGUGCUCCUUCCAGAUCCUUAAGCCAUCAGAGAAGAAGGCAAAGUACCAGUAUGGUGGCCUGAAUUCUGGCCGACCUGUCACGCCUCCAAGAACCGGCUUGCCUGGCAAGGGCAAGAAGUAAACAUCAAGUGGAGAAAAGUAUUUACUCUCGUUAGUGCACUUGUGUACCUGUGGACCCUUAACUCUCAUUUGGAUUUAAGUCACAUUAUGUGUUUUUAUGGAAGGGACUUUGUCAUUGUACAGCACUUAGGACUACAUGUAUGACAUUUGUACAAAGAUAAGGCAUGGCAAUUGCCUUAACAUAUCAUCCAAAUCAUCAGAACAGCUUUUAGCAUCCCGAAGUUAGCAAUGUGAUUUUGAGACCUGGUCAUGUAAAGCAUGUCAGUGUGUCAAUCCGUAGCAAAGUACAAGUCCUGAUUUUUAAAGGUAUGUUCUCUUUCCAAUCUUACUAGUUUGACUGAGAGGAUGUGUUAUAUUUGAUAGUAUUUGACAGAUUGGAGGAUGGAAGUGUUGGGAGAGUCAGAAGGCAACAGUGAGAGCAGAGAAAAAUGGAAGUGGCUGGUACUUAUGUCAAGUGGACAAGAGCAAUAUGAUCCAAUCAAGGGAGAGUAUUCUUCUCUGGUGUAAAGAUAUUCUUUUCAGGUCAGUAACACUGAAAGUUAUAAAGAUGAUUAGACAAGAUGCCCUUUGCUUGGUUGUUGCUAAAUUUUAUCCACCAAGAGCCAUACAUGUACAAUGAAGAACACAUGGUUUGUGUCAGAGAAGUUUACCUGUCUGUAUCAGCUUGGCCUUGAUUCUUUACUACCUUUAAGCGGUAAUGCAAAAAUAUAUCAAGGUUGUCUUUGCAAAUUUCUUGCAUGAAAGGACGCAAGCUUACAUUCACAAAAUGUAGAAUGCCUUACACCUUGUGUUCUACUUUGAUGAUAGUAUUGGAAUAGGAGACAUGGCCACAGAAGGGCAUGAUGAAAACAAAUUGUAUAGAGUAGUGAUAUUAGAAAGUAUAGGGACGUAGUUCAAAAUAUUGAUAUCUAUAUAGUGAGUAAGGAUACUGAUGCAAAGCAUGAGAGACAGAUUUUAUUGAGGGUAAUUAGAAGAUAGAAGUAUGUAACUUAGAAUAUGAAUAAACUCGUCUUUCAUCUUCACACAUCAUGGCUUUCUUACCAGUGAAAGAGAUCUGUUCUAUAUUGUUUUUCAUGUGUUACUUCUCAACCUUGGCAAGUUAACAAUGUAGAUGUGGUUCAAGCAUUCUAUUGUGUUACUUAGUUGAAGCUUCCAAGACUUGGAUUUUGCAUAUACUGUAAACUACAAGUAUUAGGCUGUAUUCUAUGUCUUCUGUUUUUCCUUAAUUGUAUUAAGAUUGAUAGCAAAGCUUACCUUGAAUAAUAGCAAAGAUUAUGUGGAAGAACUAAAAGAAAAAAAGGGACAAAGACAAGGCAGCUACUUGUGUAGCAAGCACAUACGUUGUUGUUUCUUACUGCAGGGGAAUCUGUGGGGGUAUUUUCAAAAGUUAAGCAUUGUUUUCUGAAGAUACCAUGGUUAUGGUUGGAACACAGUGACAAUUUUAUAUCACCAGCGGUACUACUUAACCUAAUGUUAUCACUCUGAUGUAGAACACAUUUGGCAGCAGUGAGAGGAGAAAAUGUAUGUUUUGGUAGAGAUAUAUUUAUGUCCUAACUGGUUACCACUAUUUCCAUGUGCUUUUGUUUGCUGACGUCACAUUUGGGGAGUGAAAUUUUGUAUUCAGUGUUUUAUUCUAGUGCACCAGAAGAAGUCACGAAGUAUGUGUACUAAAUAGAACAUUUCAAAGAAAAUACUUUGCUUUGGGGUUAAAGCUAAAUGUGCACUCGUAAGUGUAUGCUUUUGCAUGGUCAUUUAAAGGCAGAAGGCUUCUAGAUGCUUCAUUGCCUGAAGAUUGUUAACUUUCUCUAAAUGCAUGUGCCAUAAUCUUAACUUGUAAAAAUAAAAGUAAGCAAUGUUCAUUCUUCAGUCUGAACUGUAACAGUAAUUGAAGGUCACAGUUAAAAGGAAAAGUAUGUAGAUUGUGUGUAUUUUUGUGUGAAACACUCAUAAUAUACAGUAGAGCUUAGGUGUUACCUCCAGAUGACACCAGUUUUGAUUUUAAGGAUAGCUUUCUAGGGUAAUUACAUCCCUGCAGUUAUUAGAGAUGUUGGCAUUGAUUGUAUAUUACAGUUGCUUUUCACAUGACCUGUGAUUUUAUUGCAGACUGGCAAAAUGUUAAAUUUCUGUGUGACUGAAGGAUUUUUCCCUACUUGAAACCUCUACUCCUGUUUGAGUGUUACAUCAGUAGAGUGGUAACCACAGGAUUGAACUGAUGUGGCCUUUGGGUUUCCCCAGCUCUUGUUGAAACCGAGCUACAUGUAUAGUUGAAUUGUUACAUUUGUUUCUGUGACUGCAGCAUGUAACUUUGUAGAAGGGAUGUUCCUGGGAAGUGUACAUACUGUAUUCCAUGCAAUGUGUACCGGUUUCACAUCUCUCCAAUGUUGAACCUUUGUGAUGACUGAACAUGAGAGUAGAAACAAUCACAUGUUUUGCACAUGCACAGGAAUAAAGAAACUGGAAAGCAA